AUGACCAGACACAGACCUAGAGGAAAAGGGAAAGGAAAGCGACGGGACGCCCCAGUCGACGAUGGAAGGAACAACGAUCUUUUGGAUAAAGCCAGCUUCAAGAACGAACGGUUUUUCGCAUACUACAAGGCCCAAAAGAUAUUGCCAGAGGAGGAAUGGGAGGAAUUUUUGGAGGCUAUGAGGCGUCCUUUGCCGACGACAUUUCGUGUUGCUGGGAGCAGACAGACGGCUGCUGUGCUCAACAAGACUAUCGAAGACGUCCAUGUUCCAAGCUUGAGCAAUGCCGAGUUUGAAGGCCAAAAGAUCCCACCACCUGUCCAGAUUCCCUGGUACCCGGAUGGACUGGCCUGGCAAUUCAACGUCCCAAAAAAGGUCCUCCGCAAACAGCCCGAAUUCAAAAAAUUCCAUUCCUUCCUCGUUUUCGAGACAGAAGUAGGCAACAUUUCGCGUCAGGAAGGGGUCAGCAUGAUUCCACCUCUCUUCCUCGACGUAGAGCCGCACCACAAAGUCAUGGACAUGUGCGCUGCCCCGGGCUCCAAGACUGCUCAGAUCCUCGAAGCCUUGCACGCCCAGGACACCGUGACCUCCAGCUCCAUCCCCUCUGGACUCCUCGUCGCCAACGACAGCGAUAACAAGCGGACUCAUCUGCUCAUCCACCAAUCUGCACGUCUACCAAGUCCAGCCCUGAUGGUCACCAACCUCGACGCCUCCAACUACCCCUCUAUCAAAAUACCCACCCCUCGUGGUAUGCGAACUCUCAUGUUCGACCGAAUCCUCUGCGACGUCCCUUGCAGCGGAGACGGUACCAUGCGAAAGAACAUUGGGAUCUGGAAGACGUGGUCCCCGGGCGACGCCAACGGUUUGCACAGUCUCCAGGUCCGCAUCCUCCUCCGCGCUAUGCGACUGUUGAACUACGAACCCUCCUCCAAAAUAGUCUACUCGACGUGUUCUCUGAAUCCCGUGGAGAACGAAGCUGUCGUCGCAGACGCCCUCAUCCAGAACCCCGACUUUGAAUUGAUGGACGUCUCCGAUCGUUUCCCCCAACUUAUCCGCCGGCCUGGUAUGACAGAGUGGAGGCCAACGACGGAUCGCGAAUGUGAGACUACGUUCGAAUCGUACGAAGAGUUCAUAGCCUCGUCAAAGGUGGAUGAGGCAAUGAAAGCCAAGUUAAGUAGGAGUCAUUGGCCGCCGGACGGAGUAGAGAAGCUGAAUUUGCCGUACUGCAUGCGUAUCUAUCCCCACCUGCAGGACUCGGGUGGAUUCUUCGUCGCCGUGCUGAGAAGGAAACCCAAACUCGCUGUUCCUACCUCAGACCGUAAACGCGCAGCCUCGGAAGGUGUUCAGGAGGUGGCCGCGCCUGAAACCAAGAAAGCCCGUUUGGAUGACGAAGACGCUAUGCAAACGGAGCUCAAGAAGGAUGAAUCGGAUAGCCCAAUGGCGGACCAAGAAUCCGAAGCGACGACACCGCAAGCGGAAGAAGGUCAAGGAGCCGCGGAAAAGGAGAGAAGCAAAUCCGCAUCUGCUGCUGCCUCUGGGUCCGGGGCGUUCAGGGAACAACCGUACACCUACGUCUCUCCCACCGAUCCUGUUCUGCUCUCUUGUCUCUCCCGCUUGCACAUCAACCCAUCCACCUUCCCCGUUUCCAAUGUCCUCGUCCGGAACCCUGAAGGCGAAGCUGCUCGCGUCUUGUACAUCUCGAACGACAUCGUGAAGAGCAUCAUCCAGAACAACUCGUAUGAGCGGUUGAGGCUUACUGCGGCUGGGACGAAGAUCUUUGCGAAGCAGGAGGGCGGGAAAGCAACCGAGGCUCAAUUCCGCGUGCUAGGCGAAGGAUUGCCAGUCGUUCUCCCCUUUGUGGACGAGAAGACGAUCAUGGAUGGGGACCACGAGAGUUUGAAGAUUCUAGUGGAGAGUUAUUACCCCCUGUGCGAGCGGCUACCGCAACCGUUUAGGAAGAUGGUCGAAGAUAGACCAUCCGGAAGCCAUAUCGUGCGAUUCCCAAAGGGCACAACUGAGAUCACCAGUCUCACUCAUGAUCUCGUCCUACCCAUCUGGAAGUCUAACGUCUCGUUGACGUUGAUGAUUGAUAAAAAGGCCAAAAGUGCCCUCAGCCUGCGGUUGUUUGGGAAGGAUAUCACGACCGCAGGGAAGGAGAGACAAGCUCAGAUGGGCCAAAAGGACUCGGGUUCGGCUACUCCAGCUGUGAAAGACGAAACCCCGGCCGCGGUCGUGGUGGAAGAAUCAGGAGCGAUUGUGGUUGAUGAGAGUGGGCUGAAGAUGGAAGAAAAGAAAGACUGA